GCGGGGGGACCGCGGCGGCAGGUUGUUAUUCUCGGGGACUCUGGUCAGCGCCGCCUGCCAUGAGCCGGCGGCUGUGAGGCGCCGAGGCGGAGCAGCACGGGAGAGCAAUCCGAAGCUCGAGCUGAGAGCGCGAGGGCUGCAGACGGGCGGGCCGGCAUGAUCCGCGGCGCCCCGGCACCCAUGGCGGAACCACCGCCGGUCAUCUUCUGCCACGACUCCCCGAAGCGCGUGCUGGUGUCAGUCAUCAGGACCACGCCGGCAACGCCUCCGUGCAGCGGCAGCAGCAGCGGCGGCGGCGUGGGGGAGCCCGAGCAGCCGCCGCCGCUCGUCCCCACCAGCCCCGGUUUCAGCGACUUCAUGGUGUACCCGUGGCGCUGGGGGGAGAACGCGCAUAACGUGACGCUCAGCCCGGGGGCUGCGGCGGGCGGCGUCGUGUCGGCUGGGCUGCCCGCGGCCGCUGAGCUCCCGACGCUGCGGGGUGCGCCGCCAUCCACCGCCUCGGUGACCGGGGCGUCGGGCGGGGAGGACGAAGAGGAGGCGAGCAGCCCAGACAGCGGCCACCUCAAGGAUGGAAUCCGACGUGGUAGACCCAGAGCAGACACUGUUCGGGACUUAAUAAAUGAAGGAGAACAUUCGUCCAGCAGGAUCCGCUGUAACAUCUGUAACAGGGUGUUUCCGAGGGAGAAAUCACUCCAGGCUCACAAAAGGACUCAUACAGGUGAGAGACCAUAUCUGUGUGACUAUCCUGAUUGUGGAAAAGCCUUUGUUCAGAGUGGGCAGCUGAAAACACAUCAACGUCUUCACACAGGAGAGAAGCCUUUUGUCUGCUCAGAAAAUGGCUGCCUAAGCAGAUUCACCCAUGCAAACCGCCACUGUCCAAAGCACCCCUAUGCCAGGCUGAAGAGAGAAGAGCCAACAGAUACACUCAGCAAGCAUCAGUCUGCAGACAACAAAGCUGCUGCUGAGUGGCUGGCAAAGUACUGGGAGAUGAGAGAGCAGCGCACGCCCACCCUGAAAGGCAAGCUAGUUCCGAAGGCUGAUCAGGAGCAGCAGGACCCGCUGGAGUACCUCCAGUCUGAUGGCGAGGACGAUGAGAAGAGCGGCGCCCAGCGCCGACUGCAGGAGCAGCGAGAGCGGCUGCAUGGGGCCCUGGCGCUCAUUGAGCUGGCCAACCUAACAGGGGCGCCACUCCGCCAGUAGCCCCGACACUGACUCUUCACUGUACAAAAGUACUGCCCAGCAUACUUAAAAAGUAGAUCCUUGGGCAUAAGCUAAGCACCUUAUUUGCUUAUCAUAGGCUGCUAUUCUGUAGAAACUUAUGAAGAAUGUUGUUGCCUCAGACAUGGGGUGAGAGAGAAUUGCACUUUUUUUUAUACAGAAAUGGAUUUGAUGUAAAGUUUAAAAUAUUUUGUAAAUAUGGACUGCAGUUACAGGGUAGAAGCUACAUGUUGUGGGAAGCUAGGUUUUGCAAGUUUAAUGCAUUCAUUGAAAGCAGUUCUCACAGGAAGCACUUUGUGAAUAAGACAUUUGUAUGAAAAAACAGAUUGGUACAAAUAGCCAAAGAAGGUUGAAAUAGAUUAUUUAUAAGAUCAUUUUAAACAGUUUUAGUAUGUGUGACAGUACUGUAAACACUGAAACAGGGCAGUGUGAGACAUAUGUAUAAGAUACAUAUUUUUUAAAUUGUAAAAUCACAUGCCCAUUAAGGCUAGAGAAAUGGGAGGCCAACUAUUUGUAAAGAUGCUAUAAGUUAUAGACUUGGAAGAAAAUAGGUAUUUGAGGAUCUUGGUAAGGGGCAGUAGUUGAGAGUUUUUUAAAUUGGUGAAAAAUGAGUCUUAUCCCAUCUUUCUGGGCUUUUUACUCACUGUAGUGCUGAUGCCCAGAAAGCGCUCCUCACCCAGCUUGUGGCUUGGGGACUUUUGCACAUUGCUCAGCUGCUGGGCCUGAGUGAUUAAUCUUGCAAAGUCUAGGUAACCCAGCAACUGGUGCGUGUGUGUGUGUGUGUGUGUAUGUGUGCGUGUACACCAGAGAGAUCUUUAUGGGUCCUGUAUUGAGAUUGGCACUUGUGUUUAUAUUAAUAAAAGGGACAUCUGCAGGGCUGUUUUGUAGUGGAAUGUUUUAGGUCUUUUGAUAGUAAACACUAAAUUUUAAUUGUACUGCUUGUUUAGCAUUACUAGCAAAUGGGAGCCUCCAUAUUUAUAUUUCAGUGCAUAUUCCCACCUUUCUGCUUCACUUCAGAAUAACAUGCCAAGCUAUUUUGUGUUCACUAAAUCGAGCUAUCAGUUAAACACUUGAGUAAAUAUUCGCUACUCUAGUGUGCAGGUUCUGAGAUAGUUUUAACUGUAAGUGUGUUGUCUGGUGGUUCAAAACCAUUUUCUCCAAAUGGAUGAAGUUAUUGAACACAUGCUGUGUAUUUAGGAAUGAACAGAAUCCCAGGGUCAGGCAGCCACCUUUUUUAUGGAGUCAGGAAUCUCUGUCACUUGAGCUUUUGUUCAAAGGGGAAUGAAAUUAGAUACAGAACACAGUGGUUUAUAGACCCCUUAACUGAAGACUUCAAAGUAACGGGGAAGACGGGCUCCUCAGUGAGAGAGCACCGACAAGUUUAGAUUACACCGGUAGGUAGACUGUGCGGCCUGGAGAGGGAGAAGGGGCGGUAGCACUGGUAUGAAACUGAAGUGGUAGUUACAAUAAUGUGUGACGAGGACACACUGUAAAAAUGGAGUCCUCUGUACAGUCAAUUGCAGAUCUUUAGGGGCUUUUUGUAAUGACAGAAUUUAUAUUUGUAAUGGUCUAAGAAUUUUAUUUGUAGUCUGGUAUGUAGACUUUUAACUUGGAGCACUUAUAAGUUUGGUAAGAGACCAUAGCAUCUGAAUUUUCUUGAUUUGGGGUUGAACAUUGUCUCUAGAACUUUCCCUCAGAUGAAUGGGAGUAUGUGGAUCAAAGUGCAGCACUCAUCAGUAUUGGGAAGUUUGGAAUCUGAUCAGCUCACCUUGAGGACAGCAGUACAGUUUGAAAAAUGCAGUUAGCCAGUUCACAGAUGAUAAAAGGGCUUUGUUUCUCCAGCUGACUUUGUCACCCAUGUAGUUAUGUUCCCAAGUAUUUUUAUUUGUAUGAUUGGACAGUUUAAGAAAUUAUUCCAACUGCUUACCAUUGGCCAUGUUUUAAAGGUAUAUAUAUAUGCUAUGUACUUGGACAAAAUACAUUGACAUCUAAAAUUUGAGGUGUGUUAUGACUGCUUUUUGUUUUAAAAAUGUGGUUACAUUCAGAUUUUUGAAGUGUUUUAUGCUUCAUAUGGCUAAGUUGUAGUUUGGCAGAGUUAACAGCAUAUUAAUAAACAUGCUGUAAUUUUAAA